AUGGCAAAAAAUCCGGUGCCGGUGCGGAGAUACAGAGCCAUGUACUCCUUGUUGCUACUUGGGUUCUUCUUUGGAACAAGUUAUGGAUUGGGAGAUAUUUAUCUACCAGCUGAAAAUGAAGUGAUUAAUGGAGGAAAAUUGGCCACUGAGUACUUUACCUAUGACGCUCCUCCAGAGGAGGAUCAGGAUCAGUCGCCAUGGCAAUCGGCCAGGCAAUUGGCCCAGGUGCUCUCCCCACCGCAACAGGUGGUGUUCAUAAAGACACCUGAGACUAAUCUAUUUUCCCUGACUGCCAAACAACUGGCGGUUAACAAUCCACUGGAUAUCUUUGUGCUACACCGGCAGGCGGAUGCAGAUGCUCUGGCCAAACAGCAGGCUUUGAUUCAACAGCAGUCCACUGAAAAACCCUCGGUGCACUUUGUGAAAUACAGAACUCCAGCUGAUGUAACCAGAGCUCUGAGUGCUUUGAGAAGUGAUUACGAUAGGUUACCAGGCAAUACUAUCAAUCAUGCCAUAGAAAAAGCCAAUGUUAUUCAGCUAAAACCUCAAACAACUGAGACUCCAGUGAUCUUCAAGAUCCGUCCCAAAGAUAGUCAAGAAUACGAGACUCAUGAGCAGGCCAGUGAAUUGGAAACUGCCAAACUACGCCUAUUCCGCGAAUAUCUCCCACCGGGAAAACGACGUUAG